AUGAAUGCUCGUGUUUUGGCAGGCUCUAAUGUUGUUUUGAUUCUCUGUGGUUCUUUUAAUCCUCCAACUUAUUUACAUCUUCGAAUGUUUGAAAGGGCAAAAGAUUUUCUUCAACAGGAAUGUAAAUGUAACGUCCUUGAUGGAAUUAUCAGCCCCGUUUCUGACCAUUUCAAAUCAAAAAAGCCUUCGCUAGCGCCAUCAAUUCAUCGUUUACGUAUGUCUCAAUUGGCUACAAGUUCUAGUGAUUGGAUUAGAGCAGAUGGCUGGGAAUGUCAAAGGAAAGAAGGAUGGACACGAACAUUGGAAGUUCUUAAAUAUCAUAAUAUGCAGAUGCUUAACAGAUAUUCAAAUCUCCAAAAACUUCGUUUAAUUCUUUUAUGUGGAGCUGAUUUAGUCGAUUCUUUCACUCGUAAAGACCCAACAAGUUCAACUGGAAGGCUUUGGAGUAUUGAACAUUUAAAACAAAUUUUAACUCAAUAUGGCCUCAUAAUUAUUGAAAGGCGUGGGGCAACAGCUAACAAAACAUUAAAAUCUGAGGACUUGGAAUUUUUACAUUCACUUUUGGAUAACGUGGCUAUAAUUGAAGAAGAUACUUUUCCUAAUGAAAUUAGCAGUACAAAAUUGAGGAUAGCUGCACGGGCUGGACGGUUUGGAUUUUUUUCUUUUUUGGUUCUUUCUUGGCGGAGAGUGGGGCCCUUUUUCUAUAUAAAUUAUGUAGAUAAUUUCCGCAAUUUUUGUGCUAAUUAG